UCGAAGUUUUGGUCAGAUCGCGCGGCUCCAAACGUUCCUGCGGUGCUAAAUAGUGAUGGAAAAUGAUCUUCGCUUAUCUGAAACCUUAUUUUCGCCACCUGAUAGUAAUCGGACUGGCGGUCCUGUUGUUUGUGAUCCUUUCCCGGGAACCGGAGGAUAUUCAACCCCACCAACAAGUUGAUCGUGACGAAGAAAUUUCGUCCGACGUAAAAUUAUUCACCGACAUUGAACUAGAACAGUACAACGGCCGUGAAGGUAGUCCUGGUCUCUAUCUCGUUAUCCUUGGCUAUGUGUACGAUGUGGCGAGCGGAGUCAAACAUUACGGUCCAGGAGAGGCGUAUAACAUGUUUGUUGGCCAUGAUGCUUCGAGAUCCUUCAUAAGCGGAGAGUUUGAAGCAUAUCAUCCAGAGAUGUCGGAUGUUUCAUCUCUUACCGAUGGCGAACUAAAAAGUCUCGUCAAAUGGAAAUCAUUCUAUGAUGAAACUUACGUGUACAAAGGUAAACUCAUUGGACGCUACUUCGAUGACCGUGGCAGACUGACCGAUUAUCAUAAGGUAAUCCUUGAACGGGCAAUUAAAGCGGAACAGAAAGAGACUGAACCAAGACAGCAAUAUCCGUCAUGCAAUGUUGAGUGGAAGGAAGAGACCGGUACGCGAGUUUGGUGUACAUCCCGCUCCGGAGAUGGUGUGGAACGUGGAUGGGUGGGGAAGCCGAGAAGGUACGCGAAAGAACCGAACCCGUACUGUGUUUGUGUGCCAGAUGAUGUCAGUACGUCUGAUACUUCGUUGGCACCUUUUGCGGACUGUGAUGUAAGUAGUGAGAGCUGUUUCGUGAUGGAAACGAAAACGGUAUGAGUCUGGGGGAAAGUAUUAGUUUCAUUCACAUAACUGAGUAAGAUACAUUUUUCAAUGCUACGAAAAUGUUUAACAAUAAGAAAAGUACAUGACAAUGCGCGGAUCAAGUUUGUUUCUCAGUGCACCGUA